AUGGGCGGCGUCAUAUCCUAUUUCCGCAGCCUGAUCGGGCAGCGCGAAAUGCGCAUCCUAAUCCUCGGGCUUGACGGUGCUGGCAAGACGACGAUUCUCUACAGACUGCAGGUCGGAGAAGUGGUCACCACCAUUCCUACGAUCGGCUUCAACGUCGAACAAGUGGAGUAUAAAAAUCUGAAGUUCCAGGUCUGGGAUCUCGGCGGGCAGACGUCUAUCCGACCCUACUGGCGAUGCUACUACGCCAACACCGACGCCAUCAUCUACGUGGUCGAUUCGGUGGACCGGGAAAGGGUCGGCAUCUCGCGGCAAGAGCUUGUGACGAUGCUUCAAGAAGACGAACUGCAAGGUGCCAUCCUGGCGGUGCUGGCCAAUAAGCAAGAUGUUCCCGGAUGUCUGACGCCGGCUGAAGUGCACAAGGCUCUCGGAUUGGAGGCGCUGCGCGACCGAACUUUCCAGAUCUUCAAAACAUCGGCCACGAAGGGCGACGGGCUCGACGAGGCGAUGGAAUGGCUCUCGACGGCGCUGCAGAACAAGAAA